CUUCUUUCUUCCCCCAUUCCCCGAUAACUCCCCUUUUCCUUUUCACGCAUCCACAACUCAGAGUCACCCCACGCCACCGCUGUCUGCACGUUCUCCUCCUCUAUAUCUCACCGUCCCCAACUCCCUCUCAAAUCCAUUCUUCUAUUUCCUGUGGUUGUGUCUUACUCGUCCCUCGAUUAUCUGGAGUGUCACUGUUUCGAUUCUAGCCGUCGUGCACCGCCCCGUGUUACCAAGCCGUCGGCCGCCCCACGUCGAUCGCCAAGCCACACCACCACCACGCGAACUCGGUUUGAUAUUUUCUGGCACAGGGCAUUGAAAUCAGCCCUUGGCAGCGUCCCUCAUCCUCGAGUUCGACAGAUCACCGGAACGCAAUUUGGGUGUUGACUGCAAAAAGUAUGUUGAAGCAUGUGCUGGGCAAGGCGAGGAAUAAAGGGAUCAAUGCAUUUGGAGGGGACAAAGUUAGGCCUCCUUUUUUUGUUCUCAGAAGCAGUUUCCACAAUGGACAGGUUCAUUUUGCACCAAGAAGCUUCUUUGGUGUAGAGGAUUUCCUAGAUGAUGACAAUAGCCGGCCAUACACUUACCAGAAGGGGAAGAAGUCAAAAAAUCCAACCAAGCAUAUAUCGUUCAAACAACGCACUGUAGCCUACAUGGAGCCAUUUACGCUUGAUGUGUUCAUUUCAAAACGAUUUGUGUCGGCCUCACUCACCCACAGGGUGACAAGUAAGCAGGUUGCAGUUGCUGGUACCAACUCUAAAGACAUUAAAGCUGUACUCAAGUCCCGGUCAGAUAUACCAGCAUGUUUGGCCGUUGGUGCUAUUCUGGCCGACAGGGCAAGAGAAGCUGAUGUUUAUACUGCUUCCUACACUCCGAGGGAGAGGGACAAGUUUGAAGGGAAGGUCAGAGCAGUGGUUCAAUCCCUUAUUGAUAAUGGGAUUGAUGUUAAAAUUUAUCUGGACUGAAUCCAGUUGCCUUUUUUUGUUAAUUAACUUUCUUUCGGACCCAUGGGGAAAUGCCAUGAAGGUAUCAUGCCAUUAUGCUGAGAAUCAAAAAAUGGUGUGAAGUAGCUCCUUCUCUCUC